AUGAAGCUCCAAUUCCUCGUCUCUUCCCUCAUCAGCCCUCUGGCUGCGGCGUUGACCAUUGCUGAGAUCAAUGGCAACAGCUAUCUCUCUUCCUACGCUGGCAAGAAUGUCACUGGUGUAGAGGGCCUUGUCACGGCUGUUGGCAGCUCUGGCUUUUUCCUGCGAUCAACAAAGCCUGACCGUAGCUCUGCUACUUCUGAGGGACUGUACAUCUUUGGAAAAUCGGCUGUGAGCAGCGUCUCUGUGGGAGAUGUCAUCACCCUCGAUGGUCUCGUUGAGGAGUCCAACAAAGACUAUGUCUAUCUCACUGAGAUCUCUUCUCCCAGAAACAUUGUUGUUAAGUCCUCUGACAACAAAUUCAAGCCCAAGGUUAUUGGCAAGGACACCGGUAACCCUCCUGGCAAGCAAUUCUCCAAGCUUGAUGACGGCAAUGUUUUUGCUGUUCCCAACAACGAGUCUCUCAUCUCGGUGUCCAACCCCAAGCUACAGCCUAACACAUACGGUCUUGACUUUUGGGAGAGUCUUGUUGGUGAGCUUGUCACUGUCCCUAAGGCGUAUGCUCUCAGCCGACCCAACAACUUUGGCGAUUUCUGGGUCAGGGGCAACUGGAAGGUUUCUGGUCUGAACAAGCACGGUGGUCUUACCAUGGUCGGCAACGAUGCUAACCCCGAGGCCAUCAUCAUCGGCUCGCCUCUCGAUGGCACCAAGAACCCUGGUGACACUAAGCUCGGCGACUACGUUGGCGAUAUCACUGGCGUGGUCUCAUACGCCUUUGGCUUCUAUCGCAUUCUUCCUCUGACUGCUACCAAGGUCAGCAAGCCUUCCAACGCCGAGCACCCUGCCGUCAGCUUCACCAGCAAGGGCUCUUGCAAGGGCAUCACAGUUGCAGACUACAACACCGAGAACCUCAACCCUGCUUCUGCUCACUUGCCCCUUGUCAUCAAGCAGAUCGUUGAGAAGCUGCGAACUCCUGACCUGCUUUUCCUCCAGGAAGUUCAGGACAACAGCGGCGCUACCAAUGAUGGUGUCGUGUCCGCCAAUCAGACUCUCGCUGCCUUGGCCGACGGUAUUGAGGAGUCCAGCGGUGUUGUUUACGAAUGGGCUGAGGUGGAGCCUGACAACAACGAGGAUGGUGGUCAGCCCGGCGGUAACAUUCGCCAAGCUUAUCUCUACCGUCCUGAUAGAGUUGAGCUCGUCAAGCCUAAUCAAGGUGGACCUAACGACGUCAACGCCGUCGUCGAUGGUCCCUCGCUCAAGUACAACCCUGGACGAAUUGACCCUGCCAACCCUGCCUGGGAUGACAGCCGCAAGCCUCUCGUAGCUGAGUGGAAGCCUGUCAAGGGUACAAAGAAGUCUUUCUUUACUGUCAACGUCCACUUUGGUAGCAAGGGUGGCUCGACUUCCCUGCAUGGCGAUGCUCGCACUCCUGUGAACAAGGGUGUCGAGAAACGCACCAAGCAAUCCGAAAUUACAGCUAACUUUAUUGCAGAGAUCCUCAAGAAGGACAAAAAGGCCCACGUUAUUGCCGCUGGUGACUUUAACGAAUUUGCCGCUGUUACACCCCUUCAGACUUUCGUCCAGACAUCCGGUCUUGUUGAUGUUGAUGAGGCUGCCAAGAUCCCUGAGACAGAGCGAUACACAUAUCUCUUUGACAGCAACUGCCAGGCUCUGGAUCAUAUGUAUAUCAGCAAAGAGUUGCGCAGGAGCCUCAAGUAUGAGCAUCUGCAUAUCAACACCUGGCAGAAUACGGCUGGUGAGGUCAGCGAUCACGACCCUAGCGUUGCUAUGUUUGAUCUGUGUUAG